AUGGACAGUACAGCCAAGGAAAAGCUACUUCUCCCUGACUCAGGCAAGGAGGAAGAGGAGGAGGAGUUAUGGAAAAGGUUGUGGGCAGAAUCAAAGAAGGUAUGGGUAGUAGCAAUACCUGCCUGCUUUACAAGAAUAUCAAUGUUUGGGGUGUUCAUCAUAUCUCAAGUGUUCAUGGGCCUCAUCGGAAACACUGAAUUGGCAGCACUCUCGGUGGUUUUUCAUCUACUCGCUCGUUUCUCCAUUGGAAUACUGAUGGGCAUGUCUAGUGGACUAGAGACUCUAUGUGGGCAAGCAUAUGGAGCAAAACAAUAUCAGAUGUUGGGUAUAUAUUUGCAGAGAUCAUGGGUGGUUGAAUCAGGGUUCUUCUUACUCCUUAUUCUCCCUGUUUUCAUCUUCAGUGCUCCCAUUCUCAAAUUACUUGGACAAACAGAAGAGAUAUCACAUAUGACAAACAUAAUUUCCCUAUGGUAUAUACCCAUAAUGAUCUCUUAUAUCUUCCUUUACACCCUUCAAAUGUAUCUUCAAGCACAGAGCAAGAACAUUCUCAUUACAUGGUUGUCAGCUAUCACGAUUAUCUUUCAUGGUUUCUGCACUUGGAUCCUCGUUCAAAAGACUAGGUUGGGUUUCGCCGGAGUUAUGAUCUCAAUAAAUAUCGCGAGUUGGAUACCGAUAGUCGGUCAGUUAAUCUUCGUUUUCUACGGCGGUUGUCCACAAACAUGGACUGGAUUCUCUAUGCAUGCACUUUCCGACUUAUGGCCGGUGUUCAAAUUAUCACUAUCAUCAGGUGUAAUGCUUUGCUUGGAGUUAUGGUACAGCUCAAUCUUGAUUCUGUUCACUGGGAACACUAAAAAUGCUGAGGUUACAAUUGACGCUCUCUCCAUUUGUCUUAAUAUCAAUGGUCUUGAGAUGAUGCUUUCGUUUGGUUUUCUAGCGGCUGCAAGGGACCAGAAGGGAACUAAACUUUUCCUUUAUGAAAAUAGUGUUAGGGUCUCCAACGAGCUUGGGAGAGGAAAUGCCAAAGCGGCAAAAUUUGCCGUCAAAGUGGUUCUAGUAACUUCCAUGCUAGUUGAGGUUGUGCUGUGGGCCUCAGUAUUGGUGUUCAGAAAUAAAGUUUCCUCUAUAUUUUCGAGUAGCAUGGAAUGUCUUCUAUAUGUAUUAUCAAAGGAAAACCGCACAAGCUAUUCAAAAUUCACCUUUUCAAACAUUUUUCAAAGCAUUAAAUAG